AUGGUCUGCCUGGACUCUUGCGCCGAUCUGACCAGCCUAGACCGUAUUCCGCAUCGAAUGUUUGACGACGGCCGAAUAGCCCUGCAGCCAAUUGAUAGAGGCAUCCAUACGAACGGCGACCUCUCCAUUCGGUUGCGCGGGCAUUUGCUGCAGACACAGGCGAGACAAUACGAACCACGCGCAUGGACAAGUGAUCUGGCGCAAGAUCCCUAUGAACUGCUGAGGGAUUUUCAGCUUGCCGACGACGAGCCUCAAGAAAUCUGCCUCGUUUCUUCAGUGACCCAGCGCGAAAUCAGUGAUGGCCACGAGUUUGAUAUCACUGCAAAGACGCAAGAAGAUCUUCCCAAUUGGGACCUCUUCGAUCUUAGGUACCGCAUUAGUCUGAUGAACAAUCUGAUUAGCGCUGCCGAUAUUUCAAAUAAGGAUAUUGGCGAAUCCAAUGAAGAGGUAUCUGAUGAGGAGCUCGAAUAUUGA